CACUCACUCUUCAAUAAAGACCAAAAUGUUUCCAUCAGAAUGUGAUCAUUUUGACCUACAAAAAGGAAAUUCAUUUGAGCAUUGUAGUACCAAAGCAGCAAAUCCUGGGAAGUAUAUACCAGCCAGUGACUAAAAACAUUUCCAAAUCUGUUUUGAAAUGGCAUCAAGUUCAUCAAUCUCAGUAUUAUUCCUCUUAUCAGUAAUUCUAACGUCACUUUUGGGUUCUGAUGCUGGUGGAAUAGCAAUUUAUUGGGGCCAGAAUGGAAAUGAGGGGACCUUAGCAGAGAAUUGUGCCACAGGAAACUAUGACUUUGUAAAUAUAGCUUUCCUGCCCACUUUUGGCAAUGGUCAGACUCCUAUGAUCAACCUCGCUGGCCAUUGUGAUCCAUACAGCAAUGGCUGCACAGGCUUAAGCUCUGACAUUAAAUCAUGUCAAGCCAAAGGCAUCAAGGUGAUGCUUUCUAUUGGUGGAGGAGCUGGGAGUUACUAUCUUGCAUCUAUGGAGGAUGCCAGGCAGGUUGCUAGUUAUCUUUGGAAUAAUUUCUUGGGUGGUCAAUCUUCUUCUCGCCCACUUGGACCAGCUGUUCUAGACGGGAUUGAUUUCGACAUUGAAGGAGGAACAAACCAACACUGGGACGAUCUGGCAAGGUUCCUUUCAGCAUAUAGCAAGAAUGGUAAAAAGGUAUACUUAACUGCAGCUCCCCAGUGCCCAUUUCCCGAUGCUUGGGUAGGAAAUGCACUUAAGACGGGUCUUUUUGAUUAUGUUUGGGUUCAAUUCUACAACAACCCUCCCUGCCAAUACUCCUCUGGAAGUAUUGCCAAUCUCGAAGACGCAUGGAGGCAAUGGACUUCAGGUAUCCCUGCUAACAAGAUUUUCUUGGGAUUACCUGCUGCUCCUGCUGCAGCUGGAAGUGGGUUCAUCCCUGCAACUGAUCUCACUUCAAAAGUUCUUCCUGCAGUCAAGGGUUCUGCUAAGUAUGGAGGAGUUAUGCUAUGGUCCAAGUAUUAUGAUGAUCAAACUGGUUAUAGCAAGGCCAUCAAGGGCUCUGUCUAAUUACCUUCUUCGCAGCUUUGUGUGAAUAAAUCCUUGUUUCGUCUUUACCUGUGCUAUGUAUGUAAAGAUGUAAAUAAAUGCAGAAUUAUGUGUUCUUGAUUUA